AUGCUUCUAUUCGUUUGUUCUAUUUGUCUUCUUUCUCCUCAUGCAUUAGGUGGCAGUAUUAAUCGAUUUUACCGUCAAGCAAAUGGAUGUGGACCAGUAAACUUGAACAUUGAUAUAUUGCUUAAAGAAAUCGGUGAACAUGUUUUGAUUGAAUGUUGUAAUGAACAUGAUCUAUGCUAUGAUCAAUGCGGUAAAACACAGUUGACAUGCGAUACUACAUUUCUACAUUGUAUGCUUGAAGCAUGUCAACAAUUGUUAUUAUCAUCAAAUAUAAAUCAUUGCCAAAAUGAUGCUCGUAUUCUUUUUUGGUUUGUAUUUGUCGGCGGGCGAUCUGCAUAUGAACAAGCACAGCAAGAACACUAUUGUACCAUAUUAAAACAAGAAACAAAUGAUACAUCUAUUGAAACUGUGAAAUAA